AUGAGAGAUCGACCCGUCAUCAGCAUCAAAAAUUACACCAUAUACUGCGGCGAUGCUGAUGAGAACAAAGUAGGUGGCUGUGCGAUAGCUGUAAGGAACGAUUACAAAAACCUGGUGGAGGAAUUCUGCUCAAUGUCGUCUAGAUGCGUCUUUGUACGACUGCGAGAUCGCAGAGGACGUGUAUUCUGGAUCGUAAGUGCUCACGCACCUACGGAAACCGCUAAAGACAACAGUAAGAACGCCUUCUAUGAUGAACUCAAUGCGUUCAUGUCUAAAAUACCAAGCCAGCAGGUGGUCAUUGUCGGAAUCGACGCAACUACAAAGAUGGGACACGAACAGCAAUCCGACGUGCUAGGAAAAUUGUAUUAUCCAGCGGAGCGCACGUCGGACAACGGUGACCGUUUGGUCGACUUGUGCGAACGUGGCAGGGGUCAACACUUUUAA